UGGGCCUUCAGCCCAGGCAAAGUUGCCUGGCGGCUGCGGAGCCGCCCGCGUAAGUCGGUCUCCGCGUCGCGAGCCCUACGGCAGCGUACCGCGGGGCAUCGCACCCUACGGUACCGCACCGCACCGCGCCGCGCCCUACGGCGGCGUACCGCGGGGCAUCGCACCCUACGGUACCGCACCGCGCCGCGCCCUACGGCGGCGUACCGCGGGGCAUCGCACCCUACGGUACCGCACCGCGCCGCGCCCUACGGCGGCGUACCGCGGGGCAUCGCACCCUACGGUACCGCACCGCACCCUACGGCGGCGUACCGCGGGGCAUCGCACCCUACGGUACCGCACCGCGCCCUACGGCGGCGUACCGCGGGGCAUCGCACCCUACGGUACCGCACCGCACCCUACGGCGGCGUACCGCGGGGCAUCGCACCUUACGGAACCGCACCGAGCCCUGCGGUACCGCUCUCUCCGGCGCGGUACCGCGCUCUCCGGCGCUGCACGGCUCCCUCCGGCACCGCUCCCACCGGCACCGCAGCGCCCGCGCCCGGCGGGGCCAUGAUGGCGUGCGCCGAGCUCCUGGCCGUGUGCCUGCUGUCAGCCGACCGCGGCCCCGCGCCCCGCCGCCAGCCGCUCCCCAUCUUCCACGACAUUUUCCGGCGAGCCGACAAGAACGAUGAUGGGAAGCUGUCAUUUGAGGAGUUCAAGAACUAUUUCGCUGAUGGGAUCCUGAGCUCGGAGGAGCUGUGGGAGUUAUUCAGUGGCAUUGACAGGUGUCAUUCAGACAACGUGGACACGGAGAAAUUGUGCGAUUAUUUCUCAGCAUAUCUUGGAGAAUACAGGAAUGUGCUUUCUGCUCUGGAAGCCCUCAACUCUGCGGUCCUGGCAGCCAUGGACAAAACCAAGCUGAGGUAUGAGACCUCCUCGAAGAUGGAGCAGUUCCUGACCCGGUUUCUGCUGCGGGAAACCAUGCACCAGCUGCAGUCCCUGCAGGCCUCGCUUGAGUGUGCCGUGGACACCGUGGAGGAGCAGGCGGGACAGGAGAGAAAGGACAUAAAGAAAUCUGAGACCUCAGUUGGCCUGAGGUCAGGGAGACGAUGUGGGCGCAGAGGACAGAAGAACGUCUGUCUAUCUCCAACAGACCCUUAUUCUGGGAUGCUAACGACAGGCAUUUGUGUUGAAGACAACAGCCAGUGGAUGGCGCAGAUCAACAGGCUCCAGCAGCUCAUCGAGAAGCUGGAGUGCAAGAGCCCACGCCUGGAGCCACUGAAGGACGAAGCGAUGUGCAAAGGAAGAGAUGCACACAUCCUGGUGGCGAAGAGGCAGAUCUCAGUGGCGACGAACAGCAUCGAGGAGUUUCGCCAGGCAUUCAGGUCCUACAUGGAGUUCACCGCCGGGCAGAGCAGCUGCCUGCACGUGUCCACCUGCAAGCUGGCGGACGAGGCCUGCUUCAUCCUUUACGAGUUCUGGCAGGACGUGACUUCAUGGAGAAGCCACUUGCAGUCCAGCUGCAGCAAGACUUUCCAGCGGGCCAUCAUCAGCUUGCUGGAGUCCCCGGAGCUGCUGACCACCAUGCUCUUCCCAGCCUCCUGGUGGAUCAUGAACAACAACUGACCCUGGGCAGCCGCUUCCAGGACGCCAUCAGCAUGCGGAAGGAUGCAGAGCCCUCGGCACAGCCGGUGCCUUCCCUCGCGUUCGUCACCUCCCUGCCCCUCGUCCCCUCCUGCUGUCCAGCGGGGGCUGCCUGCCCGUCGUCCCUGGCAGUGUUUCACCCUUUUGCUCUUUUCAUGUUUAUUUAUUCCUCCCACCCAGCUCAAGAGCGUCUCGGUGCUGCCCAGGGGGAGCGGGGUGCGCCCAGCAGUGCUCCUGGGAGCUGCGUUCGCCGUGGCAGCCGAGCCCUUGGGGAGCACUUCUCUAGUGGCUGCAUUGCAGCAGCCUUCAGCCCCUCUCACACCCAGGCUCCUCUUCCUCCCUGUGCUCCUCUUCCUCCUGGCUCUGAGGACAGGUCGAGGCUCCAAAGGGGCCUGGGACAGGCUGAGGGUUGUGGCUCUGGCCGGCUGUGGCAUCCCCGUGCCUGGCCUGCCAGAGCCGCCCUAGGCCAGCAGUGGCUCUGCCCAGGAAGCUGGGCUGCCUCGUACAGAUUGUGAAUAGUGUUUUAUAGAAAAAGAUUUCAUUAUUUCUGGCAAGAUGUGCCAGAUCCAGCCCUGACCAUGCUGGCAGCCUGUGCAGCCUCUGCAAUGGCUUUGAGACCGGACUCGUGCCCCACCCCGCUGUGCCCACGGCUGUGCAUGUCCCCCCCAGUAAAGCACUGCGCGCCUCCCGGGGAAGGCAAGCAUGGCUAACAGCUCUGUCGCCCCAUCCUGCGGCUCAGUUAACAUAAACCAGAGUUAGCACCAGUUUCAGUGCUGCCAGAAGGCGCUUGUAGCUGAAUUAAUGGUGAUGCGGGCCGGUGGCGGGGGGGCAUGAGAGGAUAAGCAGGGAAGCCCCCCUGGCUGGAGCGGAGCAAAGCUCACCUGGGAUGUGAGUCACACACUCAGGGUUUCUUUGUAGGUGGUGCAGAAGCAGCUCCUCCACUGAGCUGGUGGAACAGGCACUGUUGCAAACAGCACGGAGCAGGUGCUACCAAGGGCAAGCGGGCCCGGGCGUGGUGGGCAGGGGCCGGCAGGGCUGCGAAUGCUGGCAGGCAGGUUCCUCCUGGCAUGGAAAAAUACCACUGUCCCUGCAUCCCCGUCUGUCCCCGACAGCCGGUGUGGUUCACCUGGCUCACCACAGGUGCCCUGGCACCCCGCAACCUCUUCUCCCAUGUCCUGUGGAUGCUGCUCCCCAACAGCGACCCCAGAAACAUUGAUGCUUCCGUCCCCAGUCCCUGGGUGCAGUAAUUAAAAUGCAGUUAAUGUGCGGCCGAAGGGGCAGCGGGUACAGCUCUGUCCUGGGGACACCGCAUCUGGCGUGGUGUCACCCUGCGCCCAGUACCGUGUGGGGGCUGGGUUCGGGGUGCUUGCUUUGCCCCAGUUCGGGGGGCAGGGAGGGUGGCCUGGCUGAUGCCGGGAGUGAGCUGCAGCAAUGGGAUCAGGAAAACUCAUUGGGAGGAAAGCAGCUGCUGCUGCCAGCUCUGAUGGGCACCACCAAACCCCAUCCCAGGCAGCCUCAGGCGCCUGAGCAGCAAAUGCCCCCCUCCCAGGGUGGGGUGAGCACCGCCCGACCCCCUUCCCGCAUGGGACCCAUCCUCCCAGCGCCCAAUUAUUCACCUCAUUGUUGACAACUGCCGAUUUCCCUGGCCAAAGCCCCCUCUUGCCGUGAUCACGGGAUGGUGGAGGUGACCCCAGGCCCCUGCUCCGAGAGCCGCGAGGCCCCGGCUCUGCCUGCUCGAGGGCCGUGUGCCCCGCCGUGGGGGUCACACACGAGGGGAGUGGGGAAGUGCUGGGGCCCGAGCUGCGCCGUGGGCGGGCGGGAGGCAGGAGCUGCGUCGGGACGCAGCCGGGGUAGGCCAGAGAUGGGCACCCACACGUGGCAGAGCUGCGGCAGGCUGCCAGCUGAGCUCAGGAGGGGACACCAGCAGCCUCCCCAGACCAAUGUGGGGUUUGACCCCCCAAUUUUGGAUUUCUUAACCCCUGGAUUAGCGCUUGCAGCAGCCUCGAGCCUGAGAUUCUCAGAUUAGGCAAAGGUGGGCACCCUUAAGUGGCUGGGGACAGCGGGCUGGCCCUGCAAGCCAGCCACGGCCCCUUGCAGGCUGUUCUGUGCUCAAAUUACAAAAAACCCACACCAACCCCCCCCCAAAAAAACCCACAGGAAAGAACAUAUUUAAACACGAACCCAAAGAAAUCCGAAGUUACCAAGUAUGGGGCUGAACAGCAGCUCUGCAGGCGCUGGCUCGCAGGCUUUGUUCGGAGCCCCCGUGGGACCUGCAGCAGCAUCCCCAGGCCAGGGCCGGCAGUUUCUGUCCCCCGCAGCUCCCCUGGCCCCAGCCACGGCGCAGCGGGGGUCCCGGCAGAACCCCCCGGCCGCCCGAGCGCCGCAGCACUCCUCGGCUCCUGAGAGGAAGGGGGAGCGGGGUGAUGAAUAUAGUCUUUUAUUGACUACUUUUGAGUAGAACAAACUAAAUACAUCUGUAACAGUUUGGGUUCCUUUAUACAGUACAUUAAAUAAGUUAUGCACAGGAAUGAAGUAACAAAUUUCUAUUACAGAAUUAAAUGCCAAAAAAAAAAAAAA